CGGAAAAGACCCAAAUCCCGUCGUUUCUUUUCUCCCCGCACCGCACCGCACCGGCGCACCACCACCUGACUGACACCAAGGGCGCCGCCGCCGCCGUAGCCCCUCUUCUUCAGCGGGGUUCGUUCAACGGCGGGUUACUGUCUCCGCUCCCUGCUUCCGUUGAGCACCCGGUGCAGGCUACGUCCUCAAUCCCCGGGCAGGCCACGUCUCGUCAGCGGCGACUGCCGACUCCCGGCGCGCCUCUGCCCCUCCACCGUCCAUCUAGUCAGCGGCGACCGGCGGCUUGACGCCCCACCGCCGCUGCCCUUCCUCAUCACCUCCACGUGUGGUCCCUUUGGUAAUAAAGUGAACAACAUCAGACAACGCUAAGACCCGCUGUCAAUCUCAUCAUCUCCUAGAGUUUGCUACAGUUGCCUUUUCCAACUCAUCGAUGGCUUCCUCCUCAUCCCCACGUCCACUCGAGCCUGUUGCUGACCUCCCAUCGUCCUGCAGUCCUGCAUCUCAUCAUCCGCUGAAGUUUAUAACUGAUGUUGGAUUAACUGUCUCUCAUGCUGAAAGGAAGGUUUCACCUUGCCAACAGGCUGAUGGUUCUCUGAGUGCUGAUGUAUUGGAGCCAGAGGUUACCCUUCCAGAGGAUAUCCUUUGGAAGAUACAUGCACUUAUGCCAAUGGAAGAUGCUGCUCGUGCUGCCUGCUUGUCUCAUAGUUUUCUUCACUCUUGGAGAUGCUAUCCCAAGCUCAUAUUUGAUAUGAGAGCACUUCGCAAACAAACAAAAGAUUUUAUCAACAGAGUUGACCACAUCAUGCAAAAUCACUCUGGCGUUGGGGUGGAGAUAUUUAAAUUGCAAACUCGCAAUGAUUUCAGUGUGCAUCCAAGUUAUCUUGAUCGCUGGCUAGAAGUUGCACUUACGCCUGGGAUAAAAGAAUUUGUGCUAGGGCUCCCCAUAGAAAACGAAAUGAAGUACAACUUUCCUGGUUCACUUUUAUCUCGCGAGCGGGCACACUCAAUUCAGUAUUUUCACCUCAGUAGCUGCUUGUUUCAUUCUGUAGGCAAAGUUGGUUGCUUGAGUAGUUUGAGGACUGUUCGUCUGCAUGAUGUUGGUAUUACUGAGGAGGAGUUGUGUCUUCUUCUGUCCAAUUCCUUCGCAUUAGAGCAUCUGGACCUCGAGUACUGCUAUGAUAUACGUUGCUUAAAGCUAUCACAUCUUUUGUCGAAGCUUAAUAGACUGGACGUGUACAGUUGCAAAUUGUUGCAGAUGAUAGAAUGCAGUGCUCCGAAAGUCUCCAUCCUCAGUUAUGAUGGCCCCACAAUACCUAUCUCUCUCGGAGGUUCAUUGCAAGUGAAGAAAAUGCAGAUGACAAGUACCGAUGUGCCUAACCUGCUCCAUUAUGCUAGUACCAAGCUUUUAUCCAUUGCGCCAAAUGUCGAAACUCUUUUUCUGUACUCACUUUAUGAGAAAGUCAAUACACCAAUGGUUUUGGGUAAAUUCCUGCACCUCAAGUAUUUGGAGAUAAAGCUUUUCAUACCAACUCGUUCUCCAGAUUACGACUUCUGCUCUUUGGUUUCUUUUCUUGAUGCUUCUCCCAACUUGAAGAUGUUUGUUUUGCGUGUAGAGGUGCCUACCAUAGAAUCUGGUUUUAUUCCUGGAGUCAAAAUUGGCGAAGACUUCUCAUUGGCAGGUUGCAUUCGGAAACACCGCCAUGGCAAGCUCAAAAGUGUGAUUAUCAAUGGCUUUCGCCCCUGGAAGACCAUGAUUGAACUAACUAGAUGUAUUCUUGGUUAUGCGACUUCACUAAAGCACCUUAUUCUGGACACCACCAACGGGUAUCAUAGGAGAAAGUUUGCCAAGUGUUUUCCUUUGGAUAAGGAUACAGUUAACGAAGCCCGAAAGGCUGUUGUGGCUAUCAGGACAUACAUCGAGGGGAAAGUUCCCCCAACAGUGAAAUUUAAGGUUCUUGAGCCCUGCAACUGCAGUAAGUGUUGGGUUCCGCUGUAAUGCUGUAUGGAUAACAUUUUUUCAUCUGUUUGAAAAUGUCACCUCGU